UGUAUAUUUGUUGGUGUGUUUACGCGUUUAAGAUAAUUCUGAUAAGCGUUUUGAGUUCUUUUAGUUUUUGGAAAAAUUAAGAUGUGAUUGAAAGAUAAGAAAAUUCGCCAAAUAAGUGCUGGAAAAUGAGGCUGGUCAAUAGAAAUUUCGAUAAAGGCGCUCAGGGUUCUGUCACCCUGAUACCAGAAGAACCUGAAGAUAUGUGGCAUACCUACAAUUUGAUUGCCGAGGGCGAUCAAGUGCGGAGCACAACCAUACGAAAGGUGCAAAAUGAAUCAGCGACCGGUUCAUCGACGAGUAGUCGUGUACGCACCACACUUACGAUCAGCGUCGAGUCCAUAGACUUUGAUACACAAGCCUGCAUGCUGCGCUUAAAGGGACGCAACAUCGAGGAGAACCAAUACGUUAAGAUGGGUGCAUAUCACACGCUCGACUUGGAGUUGAAUCGAAAAUUUGAGAUACGCAAAGCAGAAUGGGAUACAAUAGCGCUGGAACGCAUCGAAAUGGCCUGCGACCCCACACAGUCGUCCGAUUUGGCAGCGAUUGUAAUGCAGGAGGGUCUGGCCUAUGUCUGUCUGAUUACGGCUAGCAUGACGCUGGUGCGUAGCAAAAUUGAGGUGUCCAUACCGCGCAAGCGCAAAGGUCACACACAACAGCAUGAGAAAGGGUUGGUGAAGUUUUACGAGAGCGUCAUGCAGGGCAUACUGAGGCAUGUGAAUUUCGACAUAGUUAAAUGUGUGUUGAUAGCAUCGCCUGGAUUCGUGCGGGAUCAGUUCUACGAAUACAUGUACCAGCAGGCAGUGAAAAAUGAUAUAAAAUUGUUGUUGGAUAACAAGAGCAAAUUCAUACUUGUGCGCUCAUCCUCGGGUUUCAAACAAUCCUUGAAAGAGGUGCUGCAGGAUCCCAGCGUAAUGGUGAAAAUAUCCGACACAAAAGCAGUUAGAGAAGUGAAAGUGCUAGAACAGUUCUAUACUAUACUACAUUGUGAACCGGCGAGGGCAUUCUAUGGCAAAAAGCAUGUGUUGGAGGCUGCCAAAGCGAUGGCGAUAGAAACUCUGCUGAUUUCGGAUAACCUCUUUCGAUGUCAGGAUGUGCAGCAGCGCAAGGAGUUUGUAAAUCUGGUCGAAUCCGUGCGCGAGGCGGGUGGUGAAGUGAAGAUAUUCUCCAGCAUGCAUAUUUCAGGAGAACAAUUGGCUAAUCUUACCGGCAUAGCAGCUAUUUUGCGCUUCCCGAUGCCGGAACUUGAUGACAGCGGGGAUGAGGAUGAUGAUGAUGAUGACUCUGUCAACUCCGAAUAAUGACUUUUAUGCAUAGAAUUAGAUGAGCUUUUACAUACACACCUACAUAUAUGUUAAAUAAAUUAGUAAUUAGUGAAACAAUAUUUAAUCAAAACAUUUAAGUUAUUUUAAUUAACAAUAAACAAAUUACCGACUAAUGUAAAGUUUAGUAGAUUUUAUUUGUUAGUAUUAUUUUCGAGUGUUAAUUAAAAAUAUUCAUUUCAGAUCAUUUAGUAUUUGGCGUAAGAAACGUGCAAAAGGCAUGGGCCCGCAUCAUAGCGACUGAUAUUUUGAAUGAAGCAGAAUACAGUGUUGGACAUUGACAAACAGCCACAAUAAGUGUAUUGGAGUUAUUUUAUUUUUUUUUAACGUAGUCGCCAUACUCUAGACCAGAGGUGGGCAGCUUCGGCAGAGCACUUUUGUAGUGUGCGUGCAAUUGAUUUCACUUUCCGAUAGUCCUAUUUGCCAUAUUUACCUCAUCAUUCUGUUGGAUAGAGGCUCCGGAACGUUUCCAAUAACUUUUUUUGGCUUUGAGCCAGGGUUAUUCACAAUCGUAACUAGUGCGCGGACGAUCAGAAUCUUAACUUCAUUUUAUAAACACUUCUGUUAUGGAUUUGAUAGGCUGGGCGUAAAGUUUCUUUUAUGUAAUAAAUAUUCUAGAACUUCAUUCUUGCAAUAGUUUUGAAUUUAACCACAAACCUGUCUUUCUUUAACCGCCCUGUGAAUCAAAUUCUUCAUUCAAACAGGGCGAAGAUUGGUCGGAUUUUGGCCGGUGAUGAUACCCCAAUCUUGGGGACUUAUGUAUGUAUUUUGCAGACGAUUCGAGGACGAGUAGGAUUCUUCUUACUAAAUGGCAACCACACCAAUCCUUAUAGGUGGCUCCAAACCUCUAGUAUGUUUUUUUUUGUUCCUCAUAAAUGCUCAUAUUUUGCACGCUACUAAAGAAGUGCACUUUUAGAACUUUUAACAAAAGCUUUGUUUCCAGUUCUCACUCUCUUACUACGCUCUUACCGGCUCCCAU